UUCCACUACCAGCCAGCCUUCAGAUGAAGAUGUAGAACUCUCAGCUCUGCCUGCAUCAUGCCUGCCUAGAUGCUGAUCCAAUCCCACCUUCCUGAUAAAGGACUGAAGCUCUGAAUCUGGGUGUGGAGAUUCAGAUCUUAGCACAAUGUCCUCCUCCAGACGUAAGAGUGACAGCAAGGGAUUACUGUAUCCCCACCGAUGUUCGCUGCCAGAAUUAUAUACAACUCUUGGGAAUUUUAAUAACGAGAACAAGAUAUCCAAUCUCCAAAAAAUCUAUGGCACAUCAUUUAAGGAAGCGCAGGAAACCCUUGUGAAAACCCUAAAUGACUUGUCAUUCGACAACUCUAAAACUGAGAGAGGCCACAAGCCCCUCCCUGUCAUACAGAAUGCGGUUGAGAAAAUGGAGCAGAAGUCACCAUCCAUGUCAGAUCUACUUCACCAAAGUCUGUUAAUGGGUUACAUUGUCCCAUUGGCACAGGCAUACAACUCGCAGCAGAGACUGGCCCAGGCCGGUAUCCCUCCUCCUACCCUUGCCUUUCCUUAUGGUUUAAGGAAUGACGUGCCCAUAGUUGUUCCAACACACCACUUCAGGAAAAGGAUUCAGAGCACCACCUUCCGCAAACUUCUCCUGUCUUCCAUUACCCCGGACAGGCUGUUCUUCGAAGAAAAAUCAGUAAACCAUGUCUGCUCAGAGCCAGGAAAGCAGUUCCUGGACCUGGCCGACCUUCAGUGGAGGUAUUUCAAGGGGCUUGCAAAGUGGGGAAAAAUGCCCAGGAGGUUUUCCUUCGUGGACAUAGAAUUCAACAGUGAGAAGAGAUUUGUAGAGAGCCAAGGCAUGCCUGGCUUUAUCUUUCCUCCUCUAGUUCGAAGGACACUGGUCGUUUAUCCUCAAACCAAGUGUGAUAAGGAGGGGAUUUAUUCUGUUAAGUGGAAAACAUAGGAUACUGAAAUAUUUUGGAUAUGGAUUGCUGCACUUGGGAACACUGAAUUGAUACAAGAGACAGAAAAACACGCAAUCCAUUUUUCUACACAAUGUCUGUGCAAAGCCUACAUUAAAAUGAUUGUGUGGAGGAAAAUGU